AACUUCACAACAGUUCCAAAACGAUAGUGGUAAGGUGACUGUCUCAAUAGGCAGCCACAGUUACCCCGCGUAGGAAUAUCUUUUGGAUAAAGAAUUUGUUUUUUUGAUAGCAAUAUUUCGGCAAGUGUGUAUAGUUUACGUUUAUGACUUAUCAAAUUACGUAACCGGUUUAUAUAGUGUUUGAAGUGUUGAUGUUGCAGUGACCUGGAUUUAUAGGAAUUAUCAGUUUACAAAUAAGAACAAACAAUGAAGCUAGUACCUGGACACCUUCCCCCCAUUCCAACAAGUACGACGAUGGAGCGUCUCCCACUACCCUUGCCUUUCAACGCAGAUCUUCUAUGGAGAUAUCCACUGGGCUUCCCAUCUAUCACACACCAAAACCCCCCUUCUUCCCCCUUGUUGGACUACAAAAGUCAGUUACCAUCGUCUUUACCAUCAGAUCCGAGAGUGUGGAACAGAGAUGACGUCACCACUUUCCUGCAGUGGGCCGAGAGAGAAUUCGACAUCCAACCUAUAGAUCACGAUAUGUUCCAAAUGAAUGGUAAAGCUAUGUGUCUUCUAACAAGGACCGACCUAUCAGAAAGAGCACCUGGAUCCGGCGAUGUCCUACACAACGUACUACAAAUAUUAGUUAGAGAAGCCAACAAUCUUCAAAGGAUCCUUCCCAGCAGUCCAGUAACACCUACGUCCAGACACCCUUAUCCCUUAUCUCCACAUUCACAUCCUCCAACGCCCAACUGGAACAUUUUAUCACAGAACAACGAAUCAAUGCACUCAUCUCACGCAGCUUUGGCUGCCCAUCUCAUGGCACAAAGCAACUCAGUAACUCUUAGUCCAGCUCCUUCAGUAGAUAGUCAGGCCAGUAGUCCUCAGCACGCGGAUAACCAAGUAUUCAGUCACUCAAUAUUUAAUGUAAACGGGAGUAACGGAAGCGGUUCGAAUCCUUCAGACUCCGACGAAGAUGGUGUAGAUAAAAAGGGUUACAGUGGUAGUGGUAGCCCGCCUAAUACACCUAACGCUUAUUCUUUCAUGACGCAGAUGCCAUAUUUUCCUCCUAGGAGUCCAAAGGAACCUGUCUCCAGUCCGGCAGCCUUCAAGAACACUGGAAGGGAGUUUUUCCCUAAUGAUCCUUCUGAACCGAACACAAAUGGAAGGCUUCUCUGGGAUUUCCUCCAACAACUCUUAAACGAUCCAGCUCAAAGAUACACCAGUUAUAUCUCGUGGAAGAACCGGGAAACGGGAGUAUUUAAAAUCGUGGAUCCUUCGGGACUUGCGAAAUUGUGGGGAAUCCAGAAGAACCACCUUUCAAUGAACUACGACAAGAUGUCGAGAGCUUUAAGAUAUUAUUAUAGAGUCAAUAUUUUAAGGAAAGUCCAGGGAGAAAGGCAUUGUUACCAAUUUCUUAGGAACCCAACCGAACUGAAAAACAUCAAAAACAUAUCCCUGCUUAGACAGCAAAUGUCUCCAACGAACGCUCCAGCCAAACCACCUCAAGCCACACAAAUCCCGCAACUAACGACCACGAAAGACUUCUCUGCAUCGAUAAUCAAAUCAGAGCCCGUGGACAUCUCCGAACAGGAGCUACCCCAAUCGAGACCUGUGGAAUACGACGAGAAACCGACGGAUCUCAGUAUGGACGGUCCCACAGACCUCAGUAGUAAUACGAGACAUAUCAAUAUAGUGUGUUCGCCAGACCCUCCCCUCUCGGGGCCUCACCACUAGCGACUAACUUAAUUUUUAAUAGAACUGUGCAUUACGUAGCUAAAUAUCUGGUGCCAAUAACAAAAGACUUACAAUAAUUAUGUGCAAAUACUGUUUAAGUUAUGUUAAACAGAUGGCGUAACGAGUCUCAAAGUGGAAAAUGUGGCCUUUAUUAAUUGCAUUUUUGAGUACAUUGCUUAUACAGUGUGCACGUAAAGUAUGGAACGAAAAAGAUAUCUGUGACACCCCGUAUGAUGCAGUAAUACAAUGUUGGUUAUGUAUAUUAGGUAGGCCAGCAAUUUAAAAUUAUAUAUUUUCGACGUUGCCAAAUUUACAAUUCCGAGAUAUACGGAUAAUAUGAGCAUUUUUAAAUGGGACUACCCGAAUAUUUUACAAUAUUUUAAACUUUUGUGGGUAGAGUAAAUAAAACCUUUUGGUUGUUCGGUCGGCUUUUAGAGUUUCGGGGAGUAUAAAAUCUAGAAUUUCUAAUCCGAGCGGUGUUUUUGGAGGGCUGAAACUGUGAGAAAAUAAGAAAUAUGUUAAGAUCGAAAUUAUAGAUUUGUUUUCCACCGUCCAAUGCGGAUGAUCUUUUGACCAGAAAAAAUAACAUUUUAAAUCACUAGUCACUAGUCCAUCUAAUAUACAUACCCAACAUUUUGUUACUAUAUCAUACAGGAUGUAACAGUCAUCUUUAUGUUUUCGUAAUUUACGCGCGCACUAUAGAUAUAUGUAGAUUGCGGGACUUGUGAUUGUUUGUUUUUUAGCUCAUUUUUUCCUGGCCUAAUUGUUCGGAAUUAUUCUUAGUUUUAUUUUCUUUGCGACGGAACAAACUAACAGAAUAGGUAGUUUUAUUUUUUCCCCAUCCCUCACUAAUAAAAUCUCUUUCUCCGAGUAUUCAUAACAUGCUUUAGCACAGGCUUUCUCAGAUCUUAGGGUUUAGUUAGUGUCUCAUCCUAUGACGAAGCCACGAUGUAGUGAAGCAUGUUGUGACUAUACAAAAAAAAACAGAUUUCCAUGAGGAAAAACUGUCCUCAAUUCUUUAUCUUAUAAACUGUAAUCUUCUACUUCGUUGAAAUCGGUAUUUUAACAAGUAAUGUGGAUAAAACAUAUCUUAGAACGACAUACCCUAAUUUUUUAGCAAAUUGUUGAAUAUAAUUUGCAAAUUUAGUGAUAAUAGUAGAAUAAACAAUUAUUUUUCUUUUAUUUAAGUUAUUUAUAUCUUUAAGGGGGAGUCUGUCCUAUCAGAUUCCUUCUUCUAUACGUACUUUUGAAUUUUGGCGCCUUUUCAGACGCAACCUAACCUAACUUAACCUCAAAAUGCAAUUGUUUAGGGCUAAAUAGAUCAACUUUGAACUUCUUACCUCAUCUUUGGAACUCUACUCUGUAAAUAGAUCUUAGCUUAAGUUUGUAGAGCAGUGCAAUUCGUAUUGUUUGGAGGAUCUCUUACACCUCAGCGGAGAUUUCGCAACGAGGAUCAGCAAGCUGAUCCGUUGGUUAAGAGUCCUCGUGUUAAUUACAGCGACAUAUGUGCCAAAAGUAUAAUUUAUUUUCUUUGGACACAAGAAAUUUUACUUUGUUGAUAGAUGGAUAUUUUUAUUAAUCGAAAACUUAUGUUUUACGCUGAGAAAUAUGUCUACAUUUUUUUUUAUUUUAUUACAAUUAUUUUGGUGACUGAGUAGAAUUGAAUACUAUCUUAUAACCAGGCAAUGUUUCUAAUACGUAUUUCGUUACAUAAUCAAAUGCCAUGUGACAAUUUGAAUAAUCUUUGAACAAACUCACUAAUUUUAUUGUUAACCUUUUUACCUUUGAAUGUGCAAUAUUUAGACAAAGAUUUGUGUUAACGACAAUGUAUUUUAUGUUUUAUCUUUCCUUUUGUUAAUAUGUAAUUAUCUACAGUGUGAUAAAUAUUGUAUUUAUUAAUCUAUGACUUAAUUGAUGACUAUUCUAAAUGUAACCGCUUUUGUGAUUCAUUAUUCAGGAUUGCUAAAUGGACUACAUACUAACAUGUUAUAUAAGAAUGUAGUGUUUAAAAUAUUUCUGAACAUACUUUCUACCUACAAUCAUUCAAAUCGAAUGUCUCAGAAUUCUAAGAAAUGAUUUAAAGCACAGAAAAAAGGAUAAAUAGGAUAAGCUAAAACAAUGGCAUGCAAUUUUUUUUGUUGAAGUAAAAAUCAUUUUUUUAAUUUCUAGUUCAGUAAUUUGUCGAUCAUAUUAAGACAUCUAUUAAAAAAAUACUACACUGAGAUUAUAUUUCAGUUUAAAUAGAUAUUAAAUAAUGUAAACUAGAAUGUAAAAAAAUAUGUUCAUACCAGGUCUUCAAAUUGUUUAAAAGUUACUUCUGCUUCCCUGAAUUUGUCCAUACAUUAUUAUUUAAACCAAUUUAAAGCCUUCGUCUCUCAUGACAUGUCUCAUAUAUUAUAGUUGUCUAUAUUUAAUAGUAUUCAGCAGUUUCUUCUUUUCCUAUUCGUCCCACUACCCUUUAUAUUUGUCACACUACCCUUACAGAUUGUUCCCAGUAUUUUACAGAUUGUUCCCAGUAUUUUUCUGUGGAUUUCUUCUGUAUCUUCUAGCUGUUUUGCUAAGUUUCAUAGUAGUUUUAGGUCUGGACUUAAUGGUCCACGUCCAGUCAAAUAGUUUUGAUGGGUGGACCGAGUCCUGUUAGAUUCAUCGUUUAUCCUUCUGUUAUUUUCUGUAGCAUUUAUUGUGAAUAUGUUUUAAAUAAGUUGAGAACAAUACAUAAUCCAACCUAACGCUCCUUCCAUUCUCUAUUUCUUUUAAAAAGUAGUUUUCUUUCUUUCUUCGUACAUUUUAGAUAAUUAUUUUCUGUUUCCUGUUUUUGGCUUCAAACCAUUAUAUUCCUCAAAACUUCAAGAACCGAUGAACAAAGGAAUAAAAUUUAUUUUCACCUUCAAUUUGAUAAGAAAUAACUAAACUAGUGUAAACUAUACAAAUUUAACAUUAACGUUGCAAUAAAAUCUGUUGGUAUGAAAUUCAUUUGUUUGGAAAUGUUGAUAUCUCCAUCCAACCAUGUAACUUUUGUAGUCCAUUUUGUUUUUUUCUUAGAGUUUAAGUCUACCAGUGCCUCAGUCACCAGAAAAGGGCAGCUUUAAUUUUUCCAUUCUAGGAAAUAUAAAGUGAUAAUUGUUGACAAUAUUUUCGGAAUUUAAAAAUCGUACAAAUUUAAGGUAUAUGACUGGAAUGUCUCAAAUUGUUAUCACUGAUUUUGUAUGGUAGUUUGUGGACGGGUUUUUAUAGAAGUGUUCACUGUUAUGUACAACACAAAGCAUAUGUUUAAAAAAAUCAAAAAUAUAGUGGUUAAAUUUCGGAUUCUGGUUGUUGAGAUUGAUUCAUGUUACAUAAUGUAUGUAGUGUCUUACGCUCCAUAACGAAAACUUUAUUUUUUGAACAAUAAUUAACGCUACAGCUAUUUUUAACCUAACAUAACCUAAAAACUGUAUGUAUUACUAUAGUUUAAAGGUUUAUUCUUAAUUCUUAGUCGGUUUUUUUUUGUUAACGACCUAUUGGCGUUUGUAUUCCAAUUUUGUAGCAUUGUUUGAGAUUUUAUUAGUUAUUCUAGUUCAUUUUUACCCCUUACAGUAACUUUUAGUCCAUUGUUCUAGUGUUUCUACGUUUUGAUUCAUAACAGAGCCUCAGUUGUCUCAUUCGGAGUUAUAUUGACUUACGAAUAACAUAUUUAGCCAAAGUGUGGCUUCCUCAGAAAUUACCACUCAGAAGACAUCUUUAUUCUUUUUCUUAUGAGCACCUUUCAGUGCGUCACAGUUUUUCGAUUUCUUUUCUAACGCAUUAAAUUGUAUGUGACAGAAAAAAAAACGCACGUCGGUGAUUACAUUUCGUCGGUAACAUUUAUAACAUUUAUUCUAGUUAUCAAUAGAUGGCGCUAUAAUCGAAAAAAAAAUAUUUACGAAUUAUAUAAUAUAUCUACGAAUAUAAUCUGUACAAUUUAUAAGGCUAUACAAAUCAAAGAAAUAGCUAUUUGUAUAACAAGGGAGGAAAGUGCUACUUUUCCUCCCGAGGAAAUCAUUCAAGGGAGGAAAAGGCACUUUACUACUCCCAUGUUAUACAUAUGGUUUUUCCACCUUCCUCAAAUAACAAGUCAUUUUUUUAUUUUUACUUUAUUUAUGUAACUAACCAACAAAAUGUAUUAAAACUAAAACUAACAAGUAGGUACAAUAUAACUGUCAACUGUCAAAUAUAAGUCAAAUUAUUAAUGUAAACAUUGUUAAAUCAAAAUAUCAAUUUACUAUUUUUUACCAUUCUGCAAAAUACAGGGUGUUUUAUAAAUAACCGUUAAAAUGUAUAGAUACUUACGUAAUAGAAAAUAGAUAUUGUACAGGACGUCAAUAAGUUAUAUUUCAUGAAUGAAAUACCAUGACGUCACUUUUACUUUUCCUCCCUAGGGAGGAAAAGUACAACUUUGCUCCCUACAAUCAGGUCCGGAAAAGUAUACUUUCGGUAGAGGUCGGUGGAAAAUACUAUUUUAUAAAUGCAAUAAACACAAUUGAUUUGUUUUUGUGCCAAAUUGCAAAUAAAAUGUGACAACUGUCAGAUUUAACUAAAAUGUCAUGUUAGAAUAAAUGUUAUAAAUGUAUAUUAUCACGGACUUACCUUUUUUCUAUCAUUUGUGACGCACUGAAAAAUCCUAAUGAAAACAAGCAUAACCUAGUUUACCUUAAUUUCUAUCGACACUCACUUCAUCUUUCCUCGUUAGAGGAAAUGCAUGUUGGUAUAUAUUAUGGCAGGGGGCCCCAAGGGGGAUUUUGCGAGUUACUCGAGAGCGUCAGAAAAUCACAUGGGAAGAAAUCUUGUACCCUGUAAAUGUACCCCUACCAUAUAAAAUAUGGACUCUUCAAUGCAGGGGCGUGCGUUGGGGGCAGCCCGUAAAAAAAUAUUAGAAAAACUCGAAAACGUCAGAUAAGAAAAGUUCAGUUAAGUACAAGAGGAACAGUGUAAAGGAAAAAAGCGAAUAUUUCGCGAAAUGAACAUCAGAUCAAAAAAUUGAAUAAUACGUGUUCAAUAUUUUUCAAAAAUCUGUCGAAUGACACCCCUGACCCCCACGUAGGUGGGGUGGGGGAUUAAAAGUCUUAAAUGGGAACGCCCAUUUUUUAUUUGCAGAUUUGCAUUCCUUAUGUAAAAAUAAGGAAUUUUUAUUCGAGACAUUUUUUCUAAUUAUGGGUAGAUGUCGCCAUAAUCGGAAACAACGAUUUUUGGAAAUGGAAAAUUAAAUUAAAAAUUGGAAAUCAUUACUAAAAUGGAAAAUACAACUUGACUCUUUUUGGUUUUAUAACCUAAUCUUCGCAAUCCAGCAGGUCCCCAUGACGCUUUAGUAACUGCAAAUUUAGCAUCCAAGGCUCCUCUACUAUUAUUUUAAUAGGUAUAAUUGCCAACCAAUCGGCGUGUUUUAAUUCAGUUCAGUCUUCUUACGAGCCUCUCUGAUGACGGGUAGACCUAGAAACAGGUGUCCGAGGAGUUAUCAUAAUUUUAUGAUGGGAACGACGAUCCCACAACAAAUUAAUGUGAAAGUACCCACAGAAAAAAUGUUUAUGAACCAUGAAUCAAUCUCAAAGAAAUAUCUAACCUAAAAAAAUAUAUGAUAACGAACAUGCCACGUCCACGAACUGGCUUGGGGCUUUAAAAUGUGUAAAAAUAAAACCACAUUCCAAUAAUUGUGGCUAUUGCCUUAGUUUUAACUUUUAUAAAUGUAAAACAAAUAAAGUAGCUGAAUUUUCCAGCUCCACUUCUGUGAUCUCUAAAAGAAAAAAAUUGACUCAAAUUGUGUGAUCAUAAUAGGUAUAUAUAUUUAUAUACUUGCAUAUUAUAUAUACAUUUGAAAAUUAUACGUACAGGGUGGAAAAUAUAUAUUAAAAAUCAUUGUAAAACUAUUUUCUAUACCUAGAGUUGUGUUGACAAAUUUUAAAGUAUCCAUUUUGGAUUUGUCUAAAUUUGUAAGGAGGUUUUGAAACAAACACUUCUAGAGUACUCUUUUUUGUUAUACUACCUUGUAUAUUUGUAUAUAUUUUACAAUUACAAAUGAAGAUAUAUAGUUUACUUUCGAUUUCUAAUUGUUAAUGAUUUUGAAAAAUAAAAUUGAUACUCUUAAAAAA